UGAAAGACUGAACGCAUUUGCCACUUUAGCUGGGCCAAUGGGAAAAACCCUUCUUCUCACAAACUCAGCCUCUUCCUAACCAAUACCGAAUCGAGCUUCUACUGAGUGAGAAACUGCAUAUAGGAAACCAGACCUCGAGGGUGCGUUAUGCACAGCUGAAGAAAGGGAAGAGAGAACUGCACUCAGACGGAGCCUGUCAAGAAAGGGGGGAAAUGGAGAACCCGCUGCUUUUAUCUCCUCAGCUGAAUGCUGCUUCAAAAGUGAAAUCCCUCUAUAAGAUCAUGAAGUCCAUGAAUAAAGAAGGGGGCAAGCCAGAAACAAAAAGCAGGACUCAAGAAAAGAGCAACCGGUUGAGUCUUCUGCAGAAGCCAGAACUGCACCCAAAUGUCGAUUUUGACAAAUUUGAGAAAUUGACCAAGGCUUCAAGUGUGUCCCCCAAAACUGUAAAGAAGUGGGGUGAAUCUUUUGACAUGCUAAUUUCACAGAAAGCUGGCUUAGAUGCAUUCACAAGGUUCUUAAGAAGUGAGUUUAGUGAAGAGAACAUUGAGUUUUGGAUGGCAUGUGAAGAUUAUAAGAAAAGCAAAGACACUUCUCAGCUUCCACAGAAAGCAAAGACAAUUUAUGAGAUGUUCAUUCAAAAAGAGGCUCCAAAUGAGGUCAACCUUGACUUUAACACCAAAGUCUGCACCAGCCAAUGCAUGAGUCACCCAACACUCAACACCUUUGAUGCUGCACAGACCAAAAUCUAUGCCCUAAUGGAGCAAGACUGUUACCCACGCUUCCUGAAGUCCAACCUUUACAUCGACUUGGUCCAUGGCAGACCUCAUGGCUGCUCUGCUCUCCGAAGGAGAUCACGCUCUUUUACCUUCAAUGAAUUCAAAGAUGCCCAGCCAGAUUUUGCCAUCUGGCUGUAAAAUAUUAAACUUUUAUGUUUGAAUCAACCAGUUUGGGAACACCUUCAUACCUGUUGAGGGGCAUCAUCACAUCAAGUGACUUCCACGGAACUGUGACCAGUUUCACAUGUUGAUGAUCCAAUCUAGAAGCCUUUAGUUUCACUCCUUGCAUAGAUGGCCAACACCUCCCCCCACCCCCGUUCUUCUCUGGUCCAUGAGAGGUUAGGUACCUAAUAAAGCUGGAGGCAUCAUUUAGCAGUAAAGGCCUCAUGGAUCACAAGCACUCAGGUAAAAUGUUUUAAAUACAAUGCAUAUAGUUGCUUAUCACAUUCAAAGUCCAAAUAAGAGGUGUAACAUUAACGUAGUGAAUCUUUAUUUUGUACAACAUGAAAACAUUUUUGUAGGGAACCAAAUAAAACCCCAGGUAGAUUGUGA